AGAAGAUCGAUAUUAUUUCACCUAAUAUUUACUCGCAAAGAAGACUGAGAUGGGCAGCUAUGCUUCCAACUACCUACGCUUACUGUCUUACACCAAGCUCUUGGCCUCUCACGUGAACCAGGGCCGCCACCACGAUGCCCUCUCUCUCUUCCACCAUAUGCACGCCUCCUCCGCUCCCGCCCUCGAUGCUUUCGUCUUCCCUCUCGCCCUCAAGUCCUGCGCCGCAGCCCACCGCCCCAAUCUCGGCGCCGCCAUUCACGCCCACGUCACUAAGUUCUCCCUCGUCUCCAACCCCUUCGUCGCCUGCGCUCUCGUUGACAUGUAUGGCAAGUGCGUAUCUGUUUCUUCCGCGCGCCACCUGUUCGACGAAAUUCCCCACCGAAAUAUCGUGGUUUGGAAUGCUAUGAUUUCUAUCUACACGCAUUCGGGUCGUGUUGCUGAUGCUUUGGGGUUGUUCGAAGUGAUGGAUGUUGAGCCCAAUGCGUCCACUUUCAAUGCUAUUAUUUCGGGUUUGUCAGGGUUGGAGGAUGGAUCAUUUAAGGCGCUCUCGUUUUAUAGGAGAAUGGGAGAGGUCGGGUUGAAGCAGAAUUUGAUCACGCUUCUUGCUUUGUUACCAGCUUGUGUGGAUUUAGCGGCAUUGACUUUGAUUAAGGAAAUUCAUGGUUAUGCAAUUAGGAAUGGUAUUGACCCUCAUCCCCAUUUAAGGAGUUGCCUGGUGGAGGCCUAUGGGCGAUGUGGAUGUAUUGUGAAUUCACAAUGUGUGUUUCAGAGUAUUAGUAUGAGUGAAAGAGAUGUGGUUGCAUGGAGCAGCUUAAUAUCAGCUUAUGCUCUACAUGGGGAUGCAAGAACUGCGCUGGAAACUUUUGAACAAAUGGAAAUGGCCAAAGUUCAGCCUGAUGGGAUCACUUUUCUUGGGGUUUUGAAGGCUUGUAGCCACGCUGGGUUAGCUGAUGAGGCAUUGGGGUACUUUGGGCGGAUGUGUAAAGAUUAUGGCGUGGAAGCAAGUAGUGAUCACUAUUCGUGUGUGGUGGAUGCUUUGAGUAGAGCAGGGAGGCUGUAUGAAGCGUAUGAGAUCAUACAGGGAAUGCCUGUGAAGUCUACUGCAAAAACCUGGGGGGCCCUUCUCGGGGCAUGUCGGACAUAUGGAGAAGUGGAGCUUGCAGAGAUUGCUGGGAGAGCUUUGUUUGAGUUAGAGCCUGACAAUGCUGCCAAUUAUGUGCUGUUGGCUAGAAUAUAUGCUAGUGUGGGCAGACAUGAAGAGGCACAGAGAAUGAGAAGGGAAAUGAAUGAGAUGGGAGUGAAGGCAGCGCCUGGCAGUAGUUGGGUAGUGUAUCAAGUCUGAUGCCAAAUGUUGACUAUUCAGUGAUUCCUUGCUCUUUAAUGUUUUCUUGAGAAGAUCUACAAAGAAGGUGUAGUGCAUUGCUGUUGAUGAAUGCUUGAUUAGUACAUGCAGCAAUCUGAUCUAACUAGGCUAAAAGGGCAGGGACAAUGCUAGAAUGGUCCUGAAGGCCUAGAAUGGCCCUGAAGGCAUUGCAGUGAAAAGAAUGAACUCAAUGGUGAAUUCAAUUUCAGUGCUCAAUGAACUAAUAUCUCCAACUGUUGGGUUGGAUCAGUGUGGAUAUUGAUACACAGAUGACAAAUGCAAUGGCAAAGAGGGGUGUUUACCAUUUGCACCCCAUUAGAGUGAUGCACAAUUGGCAUGCCAUGACUGCAAAUUGUACCAAGAAAGCUGUAUGUUGAUACAUUUAAUUAGAUUAAUGGUGUAUACUAUUAUUAGAUUACCAUUAUUUUGGUCUUGGAAGAACGAUCAUUAACAUAACAAUGAAAUUGACAGUUGAAAUA